GAACUCGUGUUGUUUUUUAAAACCAUUCAUUCAUUGAUUUUGUUGAGUGAACUGCAUGACUUCUGAGAGAAAGAAAAGCCGUCUCUCAAACGAGUUAAAAUGCUGUUAUCAACAAAGACCCCCAGGGCCCUGGCGGCCAUCUUUGAGAGUCCCAGUGAUGACGAGGACUUCCUGGGUUUCGCCGUGCCAGUGCUGAGUGACAGCGAGUCAGACAGCCUAGCCUCCGAGGACUCUGGGAAGCCGGCCAUGUCUUUCAGGUCAAAGUUUGUGACCUCGGAGUUGGUUAGUCUGUUUAGCCAUUCUGACAAUGAGGGGGAGGAGUUUGAGGGCUUCAGUGAGGAAGAGGAGGAGAAGAGGGGUUCCAGAAGCAGGACGAAGGCUAUGUGCACAGCGGAGGAGAGUGAUGAGGACACAGGGUUCUACUCUGAGGGGGAGGAGCCAGACACACACAAGAGGAAGAGUCUCUGUGUCGCCUUCAGGUUUCCCACAAAAAGACUCUCUGCCCAGAAAGGUGAGGCGCCAAUCAACGCCGCCCCUCUGGAGAGAAGAACCAAUGAGAGGCUGCAUCUAAAAAGGGGUUUGUCUCAGGAGUCCAGUGGGAGGGAGACACAGGGUCAGAAACCGCCCCCCAAAAAAGAGGCAGUAGGAAAAGAGAAGAUGGAGGUCGAGUCUCGGGUUCUAAAUAAACGAGCCAAGAACAUCCAGGAGAACAAAGCCAUGUUGGCCAAGCUGUUUGCUGACCUGACCAACAUGUCUGAAGUCACCUCGUCUCCUACCGUAGAGAAUGGAAGCGUGUUGCAGGCAGAGAAUGGAAGCGUGUUGCAGGCAGAGAAUGGAAGCGUGUGGCAGAAGAAGAGGCGUGUGAGUGAGAAGCCGCCCCCUCGUAGACGAGGUGUGUGUGAGGGUAGCGAGAGGAGGAACCCAUCGCGUGCGGCCAGACCGCCAGAGAAGUUCGGGGUGGAGGAGAGCGGUACCUCCCCUUCACGACACCACAGAUCCGAGAGAACUAUCGACGUCGGGAAACUACUGGAGGUGGACGAGCUGGGUAGAAGCGGGAAGAAGAGGAGGGCGAGCAGCGGGAGGAAGAGGAGAAUUACCCAUGUGAGAUCAGUGGAUGAAAUCACAGAGGAAGAGCUGGACAACGUGGCGCAACGCGCCAAAGACAAGAUACUGGACAAGGACCACGGCAGCACGUGUCACCAGUGCAGACAGAAAACUCUGGACACCAAGACGGUCUGUCGUAGUGGAGUGUGUAUAGGGGGCAAAGGUCAGUUCUGUGGGCCCUGUCUGAGGAACCGCUACGGAGAGGACGUACACACGGCUCUACUAGACCCGGACUGGGAGUGUCCUCUGUGUAGAGGUAUCUGUAACUGCAGUCUGUGUCGACGGAGAGAAGGACGCUGUGCAACCGGACAACUGGUCCAUUUGGCUCAACACAAGGGCCACAGCAACGUCCAAGAUUACCUGGAGAGCAUCCAGAAAGAUCUUAGAGCCUAGAGACAAGCGGACAGCGCCCCCGUUGGUCAGAACUGAGAAUUACACCCAAAUGUAAGAAUCUCUCCUUUCUCCUGAAGUGUACACUCGUUCACUUCUUCCCACCAAUCUGAAAGUAUUGGAUUGGAGGAGACAUGGGCUAAAAGAGGUUUCCACCAUAUUUCUUACACCAGUCAAUGGAAGUGAACAAGUGUACACUUUGGAAGGAAGGUGAGAUAAUUAGGACGUCGUCACACUGACGCACAUUGUCCUGCUUUAAUACCGUCACGGUUCAGACUAGAACUCAGGGUUAUUCCUCAACCUCUGCCACAGGUCCCUCUGACACCUUAUUUAAUCAGUCAUGUUCAGUAGGCACCCAACGCUUUGAAACGGGAGGUAGUACCUGACAUUCUGCAGGAAGAACAGUAAUAAGUAAUAACAUACAUAUGUUAUUCAGUAUUUAUUUGGACAGUGAAGCAGAAAGAUUUGAUUUCUGUCUAUCCACCAUUUUGGAUUUGAGAUCAAAUGUUUUAUGAGGUGACUGUACAGAAUGCAGGGGUUGAAACCGGUUCAGGGAACAGAACCGAAAUCUUGAAAAUAAGGAAAAUGUUCAAGGAACAGAAUCCAAACUGGGAACAAAAGUAAUCUAUACUAUACGGGAACAGAAUUGUUAUUUUAAAAUUAUGGGAACUGGUUAAUAAAUGUUCCAGGCAUUUUUUAUUUUAUUUUCAGUCCCACAAAAAUUUAAAAAGGCGCCUUUGCAAAAGCCCACCCUCUGUCAAUCAAACUUCCUCCAGCGUCUGCCUGCCAGCUGGAAAUCAUUUCCUAUGCGUGCGCAUGUAGUCUACCAAGAAUGCUUUAAUAGGUUUUGAUUAGUCGAGGUAAUUGAGGUAAUAUGUACAUGUAGGUAGAGUUAUUAAAGUGACCAUGAGUAGAUUAUAUAAAGAGAGUAGCAGCAGUGUAAAAGAGGGGUCUGGGUAGUCCU